ACCGGAAGUAGUUUUGUUGGCGCUCAUAUUAUUUCAAAAUUUUGAAACAGGAAAAGGCCAACAUGAAGCAGCCAUCAAUGAAAGAAGUGUUUGAACAGUGCCAGAACAGUAUGAAAAGCCACAGUAACCUAUUGAAAUAUAUGGAAAAAUUGUAUGACAAGACGGAGUUUAGCAAAUUUUGGUCAGAUUUUAAUCAUUAUCUGAAGUAUCCUAUGAUUGUGUUUCAACGUGAGCCUGUUGUAGAGAGAACUAUAGAUUUUAUUGCCAAGUUUGUGACCUCAGUCAAUCCUGAUCCUGAAACACCUGGUACUGAUAAGGAUGACUCUUUACUGGAUGAAGUCUCACAGAACAGAUUAUUGUUGACGAUGUUUGAAUUUCUAUUGAAGUCUCAUAAUGUAAAUUCAAGGGCAGUAAGAUUCAGAUGCUGUCAGCUGAUCAACAAAAUUCUAAAUAAUCUUGGUGAUGAUGCCCAGAUUGAUGAUGACCUAUAUGACAAAAUAUAUCAGUGCAUGCUUGAAAGAUUACGUGAUAAGGAACCUGUUGUCAGGUUUCAUGCAGUUAUGGCAUUGGCUAGACUUCAGGAUCCUAAGGAUGAAAAUUGUCCGGUUAUUAAAGCAUACCUGUUUUUAAUCCAGUCAGAUCCUAACCCAGAAGUAAGACGUGCUGUGAUGUCCUGUAUAGCACCCUCACCUAAAACACUGCCAGCUAUCCUAGAGAAAACACGAGAUGUUAAAGAUACUGUUAGAAAGACAGCUUAUAAUGUAUUGGGUGAAAAAGUUCAUAUCAAGGCUCUGUCCAUAGCUAACAGAGAAAGACUUUUACAAGAGGGCCUGACAGAUAGAGUUGAGAGUGUAAAAGAAGCUUGCUCUUCAAAAUUACUGCAGGCUUGGUUAAGAACAUUUGGUGGUAAUGUUUUGGAACUCCUUGGUGCACUUGAUGUAGAGUAUGCCACAGACACUUGUGAAUUGGUUCUCAACACAUUGUUCAAACACACAUCAACUGCAGAAUUAAUUAAAAACUUUGAUAUCUUGAACGAAAAGGUGUUAAUACCGCAAGAGAAAUUGAACGCAGAGAGUGUUAUGUAUUGGAAUAUGUUGUGCAAACACAUUCAUGGACUUGGAACAGAUUUUGAUGCUGAUUUGGAAAAAGUUCUACCAAAUUGUCUGGAAUUUUCAAAUUAUAUUAAGGAAUAUGUUGAUACCUUGAAAGGCUGUGAUGACAUUGAUAUACAGCUACAGAAACAGUUUGUCAUACAACAGUUGUUAGCUAUUACUGUUUAUAUGGAUUUAGCAGAUACAGUGUCAAGAAAAGCAAUGGAAAAUUUGUUGAGUUCCAUGUUAACUGCAGACCAUGUGGCUUUCAAUCUUGUAAAAUUUAUCAUUCCUCGACUGUGUGAGAUAAAAGAUUAUUCUGAUAGUUUGGUCAAUCAAAUGGCAGUGACAAUAUCAGAUAUCCGAGAACCAAUCACCACUGUAGAGAAAGAUAUCAAUGAGGAAAUGAGACGACAAAAUGACCUGAAGAUAGCAGGUAUUCGGGUAAAAAUCAAUCAGUUGAAGGAAGAUAUGGAUGAAAGUAUUCGCAGUCAGGAUUUCUCCAAAGCUGCAGAGAUCAAAGAGUCAAUCAAAAGUCUUGAUGAAGAAAGGGAUAUGGUUUUGAAAGAUAAUGAACCACAGACAGAAGAGGUCAAGUCAGAGAAGACUGAUGUAGCAACAUUACUGAAGUGUCAGGCCAUUGUAGCUGAGAUGUUAGAAGCAUUGCCACUGAAGACACUGAAUCCAACGCUUCAGACUUUGAUAGAAACUUUGAUAUUACCAGGAAUAAUGAACGAAGAUGCAGGAAUAAGAAACAUGGCUGUCAGGUCACUAGGGAUGUGUUGUCUGUUAAAUAAAGAUCUGGUUCUAGUACAUCUACCACUGUUUAUGCAGGCUUCCCAGAUUGAUGUUGAAUGUGUCAGAGUGACUGCUCUGAAAGUCAUGAUUGAUUUGUUACACAUGCAUGGGACAGAAGCUAUUAAACAUGCUGGAAAGAAGCCUGUUGAAGAACAGCUCAAUACUAGUAGUGAUCUCUAUGAGGAACCAGCUGAUAAUUCUGAACAAGCAUCAAAACUGGUAGCAUUCCUUACAGCUUUCUUGGAUAGCCAGAACUCUGAACUACGUACAAUUGCUGCAGAAGGCAUGUCUAAGCUAAUGUUGUCAGGAAGAGUGGUAUCUUCAAAGAUCCUGUCUCACCUAUUAUUGUUAUGGUAUAACCCAGUAACUGAAGAUGAUACACACCUACGUCAUUGCCUUGGAACAUUCUUGCCAAUAUUUGCUUUUGCUGGAAGAUCUAACCAAGAAAUGAUUGAGGAAGCCUUCCUACCAACAUUGAAGACCAUAGUCAGUGCUCCAUUGUCUAGUCCACUUGCUGAAGUCAAUCCAGACAAUGUGGCUGAAUUGUUGGUACAACUGACAAACUCUAAAUUGCUACUGGAAAAUCAGAAAUCUGAAGAACAAACUACUGAGAAUCCAGGCCAUGACAACUUAGCUAUAACAAUAUGUAAUGAAAUUCUGUCUAACCCUGAGGCCAAUACUCUGAAGGUGUUCGUCAAAGUCUUAAACCAGCUGGAAUUUUCACCUAAUAAUGUUGUUAACCUUAAAGAGAUUGCAGUGCUAACUGAGAAGAUUUCAAAAGUUAUAAAGGACAACCCAUGUCUGAAGACAGUAGAAAAGAUCAAAGCUUAUGUUAAUUCAUUGCUUCCUGAGGAAUCCCCAAGCAUGGAAGAAGAUAAUAACACUGAUGAGCAAACAGAAGCCACAGAGGAGAAAGGUGAUGAAGAUGCCAACACUACAAUUGACCGUUCAGCUCUUAAUGACACAGCUCAACAAUUGGAAGGAUCCUUGUUUCAAGAAUCAAGAACUUUGAAGAGAAUAAAAUCAAUAACAUCAACCAAGUCAUUAGAUGCAUCAGAGUUAGAAGCUGAUAUCAGAGAAUUACCAGUUUUUCCAGAAAUUCAGGAAGAACCAGAUACACCAAGGUUGAUUGGAGUAAAAACACCAUCUAAAAAUGUUAAACGAACACCAGCCAAAGGUAUAACACCUCUUAAAGGUCAAACCACCAAGACAAUGAAACCAUCUAAACUUACAGAUGUAGAAAGCAGAACUGCUACAUCUUCUGAAGAUAACCCUGACACUGAAUCUGUAUCUUCUGGGAAAGAAAUUACUUCAAAGGAAAAAUCUACAUUAAGAGGCAGAACACCAACAAAAAGAAAAAAAAAAGAUGAGGAAGAAAGCCCUGUUCAAACCAAAUCACCUAAGAAGAGUUCACCUGUUAAGAAAUCUCCAACAAGGAAAGAAUCCCCUUCUAAGUCUCCAGCUAGAGCAGAUAAAUCUCCAAGAGGGAGAACACCCACAAAAAGGAAAACAACUACCGAAGAACAAAGCCCAGUUCACAGAAAGUCAUCUAAAAAGAGUUCACCAGCUAGAGUUGAGAAAUCACCUGGUAGAGGAAAAACACCUACUAAAAGAAAAGCAGCAGCAGAAGAAAGUCGUUUGCAGGGCAAAUCACCUAAAAAGCUGACACCUGCUAAAAAAUCUCCCCCAAAAACAGAAAGUAUUGGUAAAAGCCGAACAGCCACAAGAGGCCAGAAAACUGCUGAAAGAGUGCAAACCCCUGCAAAAAGAAAAUCUCCAGCAAGAGGGAAAUCAGCAAAAUCCCCAUCUAGAUCAGAAACACCUUCAAAAGGAACACCACAAAAAGGCAAAUCUCCAAACAGGAAAGAGACUGCAGCAAAAAGCAAAUCUCCUAGAACAGAGAUGCCUACAAAGGAUAAAUCGCCUAGAACAGUGACACCUACAAAAAGCAAAUCUAAUACCAGAACAGAGACUCCAACCAGAGCAACACCUCCAGUGAAAAGAACAACUAGGGGUAAAUCUCCAAAAACAUUGACUCCAACAAAAGGACAGCCAUCAGCCAAUGCCCCAACUCCAGGGGACAAAAAGAUACAAAGCAAAGAAAAACCUUCAGAGAGUCCAGCUUCUGUUAGAAGUAGAAGGGCAGUAGACCAAAAGAAAGAUGGAGCUAAACCAGUAGGUAGUACAUCCAAGAAAUCACCAUCUCCAGUGAAAAAUACUGGCAGGAGUACUAGAGGAAAGACAUCAUCUUUACUCUCUGAUGAUGAGCUGUCAUCAAAUUCCUCAGUAAAAUCACCAAGGGUCAAUAAAAAGGCUGUAUCUGCUUCAUCAGAGGAUGAGGAUGAUAUACCAUCAACUGACUCAUCUGUAAUCUCUGUCACAAGAAGUACCAGACGCAAUAGAAAUGUGUCAGGAGAGCCAUCAACUAAUUCUCCUGUUGUUUCUGUGACCAGAAAUACAAGACGUGCCAGGAAUAUGGUAUGUGACGAUGACUUACCCUCCACCGAUUCAACUCUGAAGACAAGCCCAAGAAAUACUAAGAAGAAAGUGCUAGCCAAAGGUACCAGAUCAAAAGCCAUAAAUACUCCUUCAGUAUCUGACGAGGAAGAUACAAUGUCAACUGAUUCAUCAAUUAAAAAAACAGUCAGGGGUACCAAGAAAAAACUCAUAUCAGACAGUUACGAGUCUGUAAAAUCUUCAACCAGAUCGACAAGAAAUAAGCCAGUUGAUACCUCAGAUGAUGAUUCUGUGAAAUCUACAGCUAGUGGUAGACGUUCUGCAGCAACUAAAAAGGUAUCUGAUGACGACACAGAUUCCUCUGUUGUAUCAGGGACCAGGAGAACCAGGACAAAAGGUUCUACCAAACCUUCCAUUACAUUACAAGAACUAGCUGCAGACAGUGAUUCUGAAAGUGGUUCUCCAGCUAAGGUAUCCCAUCAUCGGAUUAAAUCAACUAGGAAAAUGACUAAAGACCUGGAAACUGUUUUAGAUGAAAGUGAUUUGGAUACCGUAUUUGAAUCUCCAUCCAGAGGAACAAGGUCAGCAAAACCAGCUAAAAAGGCUAAAGAUGAAGAAGUUUCAAAUGAGAAGAAAGGUAAACCAACAUUGAGGUCCAAACAAGAUAGCAAGGCACCAGAACUCGAUCAGCCUAGAUCAAGGAGAACUCUGAGAAGCAAACAGACAGAUUAAUUAACAUUAGAUGGCAGCAGUAGUUUGCUCUUAUUAAUACCAGAACAUCAAUAUAAACUUUGUUAAUUUAUACAUGCAUUAAUUAAGCAAUAUUUGAUUAGUCUAUUUCAUGUGUUCAUUUUUGUAAAAGUUCUGACAUUUUAUUAUUUUAAAUUAAAUAAUUCAAAAUUUG